AUGGACAACAGCGUGGAGACGACGACAACCCUGCGUGGUCGUCACACCAAAGUCCCGGCAAAAUGCCAGCACAACGGGUCUCUCGGGGCUGCUGUCGGCGGUGGCGGCUUGUUGUCCAGCACCCCGAACCCUCUGCCUGGCUUCAAGGGGACCGCUCGUUCGAACACGGGAGGCGCUUCCGACACCAACACGCAGAACAAGGGCGCAGCUGGGGGGCCCGGUCACGUGGCGCCCACUGCUUCUGCGCAGCAGAGAACGGGUACAAGAAGCCCGGCGGACCAUCGUUCUCAUGAAGUGGAUGCCAUCCUCCAGGACGCACGUUUCAAUUCUACGUCCGACGGAGGGUCCAUCCGUGUCGGCUCAUCAAGCAGCGACUCAGGGAACAGCGACAGCGAGUCAGAGGACGAUGACCGUGGCCGACAACACGGCAGGGGAGCAGGCGGAGCUGACGGAGGCAGCUUUAGCGGAGCUGACGGAGGCAGCUCGAGCGGAGCUGACGGAGGCAGCUCGAGCGGAGCUGGCGGGGGAAGCUCGAGCGGAGCUGGUGGAGGCCGGUUGAGCCGGGCUGGCAGCAGCACGGCGGUCGAGUCGGUGGCAAGAACCAUGCGUCAGCUUCAAAGCUCGCUGAAUCGCAACCGCAACAAGAGCUACAACAAGUGCGGCUACUCGAGGUCAACAGACACAGACAAGAUGGCAGCGGGGUUGACGCAGCUCGACAUCGUCAUGAGCAGGAGCAGUCCGUACCUCGCUGACUUGGAGGACAAGGCAACAGGGAACAGCGACAGCGAGUCAGAGGACGAUGACCGUGGCCGACAACACGGCAGGGGAGCAGGCGGAGCUGACGGAGGCAGCUUUAGCGGAGCUGACGGAGGCAGCUCGAGCGGAGCUGACGGAGGCAGCUCGAGCGGAGCUGGCGGGGGAAGCUCGAGCGGAGCUGGUGGAGGCCGGUUGAGCCGGGCUGGCAGCAGCACGGCGGUCGAGUCGGUGGCAAGAACCAUGCGUCAGCUUCAAAGCUCGCUGAAUCGCAACCGCAACAAGAGCUACAACAAGUGGGGCAGUCCGUAUCUCGCUGACUUGGAGGACAAGGCAACAGGUCGAUCGCCACCAUCGAAGCCGCCAGCAUCUAGCGCGGAGGCGCAACGAGUUCCUCAAAACCUCAUCACAGCGGUACGCGCUGCAAUCCGGAGUGGGCUCAGCCCCGAGCCGAACAAGAUGUACGACUGUGAUGGCAAGUCGUACACGGUCGCCGCCAUCAUGGCGGCGAUCAAGGAGGAAGAUCGCGCCGAUGGGCGGGGCGAGGGCAUCGGACAGCGGAGGAAGAGCAAGCACUGCGUCCCUCGCUUUUGUGAACUUCUGAUGCAUCCGCAGUUCAGGGAGAGGUUUGGCGUCAGUAGGUUGCAACUGAGCAAGAAGGAGCUGGACGUCAAGCAGAAGGGGACGACCCGGGACAUCCAUCUCGAGAUUUGGGAGGCGUUCAAGGACGAAAAGUUCAAGGUGCCCAGUUCCUUCGCGGACGACAGCAACAUCUUUGGCGCCAGCAUCAACCCCAACGUCGUACACCAGCCGGACAUCAGCUUCCAAAAGUUCGCGACCAUGAGGACCGACCUCUUCAAGGACCACGGCGAAAUGUACUCCAACUUCAAGAAAUCUGGCAGCAACGGAGAGAUGUUUUCCUUCUGCAAGGAAAGCUUAGACACAUACUACUUCGGGCUGACGGCCGAGAAGUGCCCUGACAUCCUGACCGUGUGCGACCAGAUGCUCCCCGACGGCACCGCGAGGGAGAGUACGGGGGUGGAGACCGCGGGAGAAGGACACAGUGGUGCCCAGGGCGCUUCGGCGGAUACUAGUAAGCGGAAGGUCGCGAAGGUGGAAUCCAGGGAGAGGAACGUGGGCGUCAGUGGCCACCAGAAGAAAAAGAGGAAGCAGGACGCGCAGAUCGAGAACACGGCGAAGGUCGCUAUGUCCGCGGUGAAGGGGGAGCUCGGUCUUGACGCCCUGUUCGGAACGUCGUCCGCACCCACGUACGCCGGCGCCCCGACAUCCUUCUACGACACGAAGGAGGGGUUAGAGAACAAGACGACCAAACUCGAACAUAUCGCCAAGCUCCGCAAAGAACUCCAGGAAAUCAAGAAGGAUAUCAAGAAGGAGAAGGAGCUGGGUUCGGACGCUGACGAAGAAGACGUACAGCUUUUGCGGGACCGGGCGACGACCUUCAGGGCCCAAAUCACAAAAGAAACGGUGGCAGCUAGUGAGGUUGGCUAGGUAGCCGGCACAUGGGUGCGU